GCAGUUCUGUACUAGUAAUAAAAGUGGUAAAAAGUCAGCUGCUAUGAAAUAUCUCUUUUUUAACUGAAGUAGUACAAGCAUUGACUAACAAGUAUCCUAGUGUAAUGGAUGCUGUUUUUGCUGAGGAGAAGAAAGGAGACAGGAAGAAAAUGAUAGAAAAGUUUGUCAGUUUAUUUUUACCUGGAACUUACCAUGAAUUAUCCUUGAACAAUGAUGUCCUUAAUUUCUAUCAUCACGACACUUCUGUACGACUAUCGGCCGUCAAAUCUCUCAAAUCCACCAUCAUUGAUGGGCGUGGCACCUCUUCCCCUCAUCAUAGUUAUGAUGACAACUUCUUCUCAAGUGUAUUAUUAUCACGUCUUUCUGAUGAUGAACCAACUGUAGUGAAGGCAGUAUUGGAUAUGGGAGAAGAAGUUUUAUUAAAGCACGUUGAUAAAACUGAAUUGCUAAAUUCCUUGCAAAAGAUAUCGCAUCACAAGUCACAAAACUGGUAAGCACAUCACUAUG